CUUCGUCCCACAUGGGCUUGUGUCGCUGUUGGAAAUGUCGAGUCGUAGGCCCGACGGCGGGAGAUAAGGAGAUGAGAUCAGGAACACUCGCAGAUAAACGAUUUACAUUAGAGGAAUGAAGCAUGCGGAUCCGACGAGCACCGGUACACAUUCGUGUGUUGAUAUUUUCUGUUGGACUGGUUACUCUGACAUCAUGGCGAAUGUUUUGGCUGUCAGAUUCCCCCCAACUCCCGGAGGAAAGCCUGGAGGGGGCCGAGGGGAAUCCCCCAGACCUUGGCAGUGUUUGGGAGACCCAAGGGUUGUCACGGCACUUAAUGAUGACCCUGCCCAACUGCACACCACGAGCAGUAGAACAGUUUCCCAAAGGAUUCUUCACACAGCAACAGCGCCAACAAGGAGCCAUAGCGGUCCACAUCCUCAUCUGCAUAUACAUGUUCAUGGCCCUGGCAAUUGUGUGUGAUUACUAUUUUGUGCCUUCCUUGGAAAUUCUCUGUGAUCAUCUACACCUGCAACCUGAUGUAGCUGGUGCAACCUUCAUGGCAGCUGGGAGUUCAGCCCCGGAGCUGGCUACAGCUGUAAUAGGGGUCUUCAUAGCCAAGGAUGAUGUGGGACUGGGAACAGUGGUGGGAUCGGCCAUCUAUAAUGUCAUGUUUGUCAUCAGCAUCUGCGGACUCUUUGCGGGCGCGGUGGUGCACCUGCACUGGUGGCCGAUGGUGCGAGACUGCAUGUGCUACCUGCUCAGCGUGCUGGCCCUGGUACUGGUCAUCAUGGACGGAGUGGUCAAGUGGUACGAGGCCAUCUGUCUGUGCUGUCUGUAUCUUCUGUACAUCGUCCUCAUGUACUUCAACCUGAGACUGGAGCACUGGCUAGUCCCAGCAUGCUCGAGGUGUUGUCUGGCCAAGUCUGUCGGAGAGGAGGAUGUCCUUUAUGACAGAAUCAAAUCAAAUGGUGCUAUUCCUGAAGGAGAAUUAAAUCACUGCCCCGAGUCGAUGCAAAUGCUCCCCCUUACCUCUGACUGUGAAUCUGAUGAGGGUUCAUACCCAGAUACCAACACCUUUGUGAAGCGGGCGCCUCCAUCUGCAUCACCACACAGGGAAGCAGAUGAGCCUGCCGGGCUGUGUGAAGUUCCAAGUGGAUGCUGCAAGAAGCUGCUCUGGUUCGUCUCUCUACCACUAUGUGCCAUACUGUUCCUGUCUGUACCCGACUGCCGAAAACAAGCAUGGAAGAAAUGGUUCCUGUUGACAUUUCUCCUGUCCUUAGUUUGGUUGUCUCUCUUCUCAUUCCUAAUGGUGUGGAUGAUUACAAUUAUAGGUUUCACAGCUAAUAUUCCUGACAGUAUUAUGGGUCUGACCUUUGUUGCCUUUGGAGUCAGCCUCCCUGAUGUUGUGGCAUCGCUCAUAGUUGUUAGAGAAGGAUUGGGGGAUAUGGCAGUUUCUAAUGCAAUAGGAAGCAAUGUGUUCGACAUCCUUGUAUGCCUUGGAGUACCUUGGUUCCUCCAAACAGCAGUUCUCCGACCAGGCACUGAGGUGCAGGUCUAUAGUGCAGGCUUGACGUACUCCAGCCUGACUCUGCUGUCCACGGUUGUUUUCCUGCUAGUGGCCACACAUCUGAAUGGCUGGAAGCUGGACAAGAAGUACGGGGCAGUCCUGCUCGUGGUAUACCUGAUCUACACAGUGCUAGCUUCACUGUAUGAACUCAAUAUAUUCGGCUACUUCCAUCCUGUGGAGUGCCCCAGCAAUUAUUAAGUGAUGACUCUCAUAGUGUUUUAAAAGUUAAGGUUUUUCAUGUGUUUCUUUGGUACAAGUUAAGCAGAUGAUAUUAAACAUGUUCUUAUAAGAAAUAUCUGCAGUGUGACUUGCAGCACAAGUAUGAUCCCGACUACUAAAGCAAACAAAAUGGCAAAAAUCAAAACUCAAAACAUUAUUGCAUUUAAUGUAGCUCUUGCAUUGUUACAGUUUCUUUCUACUUUAUUUAUGGUGUAAGAUCAAACUGGAUGAAACAUCAUGAAGAUAAUUAAUUUGUGACUGUCUAGGUCAGAAAUGAUGACAUAUCAACUGAGGUUAUCUUGUGGCCAUAUGUCUUUUGUCAGUUAACGUACAUUCCUAUGUCCUGUAUAUCAUUCAUCAAAUAUCCACUUUUCCUCUUUGAAUAUGCCAUGAGUGUUUACUGGUUCUAAGAGCUGAAGUAUGUGUGAUCUUACGUUGUAAGUGUGCUUCAGAUUUAGUUAGAAACUUGGAGAAUGAGGCUUUGUAAAAUAGAAUGAGUUUUAAGAAUGUCUCUGUUGAUGGCUUGCCUUGUACCAAAGAUUGCUUCUUCAGUUCAAUGCGGAGCUAAACAAAGAUAAUGGUUGCUAUUUGGCACUGUCCACAGACCAGGAACCCGUUGUGAUAUUCAAUGUCUGUGUUUCUCUCAUCAAACAUGGAGAAAGUUAAUGUUGCAAUUCUACUUGUUACUUAUCUAGAAGCAGCUGCCUCACUUGUGUUACAUUGCCUUGUUUUGUGUGUUGCUGUUAUUCACUUCAUUCUAAUCAGGUGAGAUGAAUGGAAGCAGAAGUUGUUGUUAGGGUCAACACAGCCCGGUCAUGAUCUGCCCAUCUUGCAGGAACACCCCGUGAAGGUCUUCACCAGAUGUUACAGGGUCUCCUGAGAGGUCCUCACUUGAACCUGUUUGUUGAAGGGCUGUAACAUGCCACAGAAUGAACACUAUUCACAUCUGUAGCUGAAACAUAUGGAACUGAAACGUCCUGAUGGAGACGCAGGAACACACACAGGUGUUGCAGAUUAAUAUCUGCUGAUGUCUUUAUGAGAAUAUGUGUCACAUAGUGUUUGUAUACUCCCUAUGGAACUGAGAAUGUAUUUGAGAUUUAUCCUGUUCCUUUGACAGAGGUAUUAAUGUCACAUGCUUUGAGAAUAUGUUGUUUGACAUCUUGUGCUUUGUAAAUGGAUUUAAAUGGAACGGAUUGAUAAGAAAAGGUGAACAAGUCCAUUUUCACCCAUCAUUUCAAACCAAGUUUAUCUUAAUUCUUUGAUUGGCAUUGUAGAUCCUGGGAAAUGUAAUAACCGCUUGUUGGUUUCCACUGAUCCAGCUUUUGAUGCAUAUACUGGCCCAAAUUAACAUUAUUGUUAUGGAGGUAUCAUUAAGAGAGUUGAUGUAUUAUUAAAUGCCAUUCUGAAAGCGUUAUUAAACUUAAGUUUGACCAUCUUUAUCAGCAUGCGGUAACUGCUAGGUGGGUUGAUCAUGUGCCAGACUGUGUUAUUUCAAGUUGGUGUCUUGUUAAAUUUGUAUGUUAAGUUAUCAUAUGAUUUAUGUUCUGUUAAAUGCUUAUAUUUGUUUUUCUUAUUGAUUUGUUGCAGAAGAAUGUUAUAUUUUCUUUGUUGUAUGAUUGUUGAUGUUCAAAAGUAUAUAUACUACAUGGGGUCAGGGAGGUUACCUGUCCUUGAGAGCAUAUAUACAAUACUGAGAGACAGACAGGUUACCUGUCCUUGAGAGCAUGUAUACAGUAUUGAGGGCCAAGGAGGUUUACCUGUCUUCAAGAGCAUGUAUACAACACUAGGGGUUAGGGAGAUUUACCUGUCUUCAAGAGCAUGUAUACAACAUUAGGGGUUAGGGAGAUUUACCUGUCUUCAAGAGCAUGUAUACAACACAAGGGGUUAGGGAGGUUUACCUGUCUUCAAGAGCAUGUAUACAACACUAGGGGUUAGGGAGAUUUACCUGUCUUCAAGAGCAUGUAUACAACACUAGGGGUUAGGGAGAUUUACCUGUCUUCAAGAGCAUGUAUAAACACUAGGGGUUAGGGAGAUUUACCUGUCUUCAAGAGCAUGUAUACAACACUAGGGGUUAGGGAGAUUUACCUGUCUUCAAGAGCAUGUAUACUACACAGGGGCCCAGGGAGGUUUACCUGUCUUCAAGAGCAUGUAUACAACACAAGGGGUUAGGGAGGUUUACCUGUCUUCAAGAGCUAGUAUACAACACUAGGGGUUAGGGAGAUUUACCUGUCUUCAAGAGCAUGUAUACAACACUAGGGGUUAGGGAGAUUUACCUGUCUUCAAGAGCAUGUAUACCACACAGGGGCCCAGGGAGGUUUACCUGUCUUCAAGAGCAUGUAUACAACACAAGGGGUUAGGGAGAUAUACCUGUCUUCAAGAGCAUGUAUACAACACUAGGGGUUAGGGAGAUUUACCUGUCCUCAAGAGCAUGUAUACAACACAGGGGGUUAGGGAGAUUUACCUGUCUUCAAGAGCAUGUAUACAACACUAGGGGUUAGGGAGGUUUACCUGUCUUCAAGAGCAUGUAUACAACACUAGGGGUUAGGGAGAUUUACCUGUCUUCAAGAGCAUGUAUACAACAUUAGGGGUUAGGGAGAUUUACCUGUCUUCAAGAGCAUGUAUACAACACAAGGGGUUAGGGAGGUUUACCUGUCUUCAAGAGCAUGUAUACAACACUAGGGGUUAGGGAGAUUUACCUGUCUUCAAUAGCAUGUAUACAACACUAGGGGUUAGGGAGAUUUACCUGUCUUCAAGAGCAUGUAUAAACACUAGGGGUUAGGGAGAUUUACCUGUCUUCAAGAGCAUGUAUACAACACUAGGGGUUAGGGAGAUUUACCUGUCUUCAAGAGCAUGUAUACUACACAGGGGCCCAGGGAGGUUUACCUGUCUUCAAGAGCAUGUAUACAACACAAUGGGUUAGGGAGAUUUACCUGUCUUCAAGUGCAUGUAUACUACACAGGGGCCCAGGGAGGUUUACCUGUCUUCAAGAGCAUGUAUACAACACAAGGGGUUAGGGAGGUUUACCUGUCUUCAAGAGCAUGUAUACAACACAAGGGGUUAGGGAGAUUUACCUGUCUUCAAGAGCAUGUAUACUACACAGGGGUUAGGGAGAUUUACCUGUCUUCAAGAGCAUGUAUAAACACUAGGGGUUAGGGAGAUUUACCUGUCUUCAAGAGCAUGUAUACAACACUAGGGGUUAGGGAGAUUUACCUGUCUUCAAGAGCAUGUAUACAACAUUAGGGGUUAGGGAGAUUUACCUGUCUUCAAGAGCAUGUAUACAACACAAGGGGUUAGGGAGGUUUACCUGUCUUCAAGAGCAUGUAUACAACACUAGGGGUUAGGGAGAUUUACCUGUCUUCAAGAGCAUGUAUACAACACUAGGGGUUAGGGAGAUUUACCUGUCUUCAAGAGCAUGUAUAAACACUAGGGGUUAGGGAGAUUUACCUGUCUUCAAGAGCAUGUAUACAACACUAGGGGUUAGGGAGAUUUACCUGUCUUCAAGAGCAUGUAUACUACACAGGGGCCCAGGGAGGUUUACCUGUCUUCAAGAGCAUGUAUACAACACAAGGGGUUAGGGAGGUUUACCUGUCUUCAAGAGCUAGUAUACAACACUAGGGGUUAGGGAGAUUUACCUGUCUUCAAGAGCAUGUAUACAACACUAGGGGUUAGGGAGAUUUACCUGUCUUCAAGAGCAUGUAUACUACACAGGGGCCCAGGGAGGUUUACCUGUCUUCAAGAGCAUGUAUACAACACAAGGGGUUAGGGAGAUAUACCUGUCUUCAAGAGCAUGUAUACAACACUAGGGGUUAAGGAGAUUUACCUGUCCUCAAGAGCAUGUAUACAACACAGGGGGUUAGGGAGAUUUACCUGUCUUCAAGAGCAUGUAUACAACACUAGGGGUUAGGGAGGUUUACCUGUCUUCAAGAGCAUGUAUACAACACAAGGGGUUAGGGAGAUUUACCUGUCUUCAAGAGCAUGUAUACAACACUAGGGGUUAGGGAGAUUUACCUGUCUUCAAGAGCAUGUAUACAACACUAGGGGUUAGGGAGAUUUACCUGUCUUCAAGAGCAUGUAUAAACACUAGGGGUUAGGGAGAUUUACCUGUCUUCAAGAGCAUGUAUACAACACUAGGGGUUAGGGAGAUUUACCUGUCUUCAAGAGCAUGUAUACUACACAGGGGCCCAGGGAGGUUUACCUGUCUUCAAGAGCAUGUAUACAACACAAGGGGUUAGGGAGGUUUACCUGUCUUCAAGAGCUAGUAUACAACACUAGGGGUUAGGGAGAUUUACCUGUCUUCAAGAGCAUGUAUACAACACUAGGGGUUAGGGAGAUUUACCUGUCUUCAAGAGCAUGUAUACUACACAGGGGCCCAGGGAGGUUUACCUGUCUUCAAGAGCAUGUAUACAACACAAGGGGUUAGGGAGAUAUACCUGUCUUCAAGAGCAUGUAUACAACACUAGGGGUUAAGGAGAUUUACCUGUCCUCAAGAGCAUGUAUACAACACAGGGGGUUAGGGAGAUUUAUCUGUCUUCAAGAGCAUGUAUACAACACUAGGGGUUAGGGAGGUUUACCUGUCUUCAAGAGCAUGUAUACAACACUAGGGGUUAGGGAGAUUUACCUGUCUUCAAGAGCAUGUAUACAACAUUAGGGGUUAGGGAGAUUUACCUGUCUUCAAGAGCAUGUAUACAACACAAGGGGUUAGGGAGGUUUACCUGUCUUCAAGAGCAUGUAUACAACACUGUGGGUUAGGGAGAUUUACCUGUCUUCAAGAGCAUGUAUACAACACUAGGGGUUAGGGAGAUUUACCUGUCUUCAAGAGCAUGUAUAAACACUAGGGGUUAGGGAGAUUUACCUGUCUUCAAGAGCAUGUAUACAACACUAGGGGUUAGGGAGAUUUACCUGUCUUCAAGAGCAUGUAUACUACACAGGGGCCCAGGGAGGUUUACCUGUCUUCAAGAGCAUGUAUACAACACAAGGGGUUAGGGAGGUUUACCUGUCUUCAAGAGCUAGUAUACAACACUAGGGGUUAGGGAGAUUUACCUGUCUUCAAGAGCAUGUAUACAACACUAGGGGUUAGGGAGAUUUACCUGUCUUCAAGAGCAUGUAUACUACACAGGGGCCCAGGGAGGUUUACCUGUCUUCAAGAGCAUGUAUACUACACAGGGGCCCAGGGAGGUUUACCUGUCUUCAAGAGCAUGUAUACAACACAAGGGGUUAGGGAGAUAUACCUGUCUUCAAGAGCAUGUAUACAACACUAGGGGUUAAGGAGAUUUACCUGUCCUCAAGAGCAUGUAUACAACACUAGGGGUUAGGGAGGUUUACCUGUCUUCAAGAGCAUGUAUACAACACUAGGGGUUAGGGAGAUUUACCUGUCUUCAAGAGCAUGUAUACAACAUUAGGGGUUAGGGAGAUUUACCUGUCUUCAAGAGCAUGUAUACAACACAAGGGGUUAGGGAGGUUUACCUGUCUUCAAGAGCAUGUAUACAACACUAGGGGUUAGGGAGAUUUACCUGUCUUCAAGAGCAUGUAUACAACACUAGGGGUUAGGGAGAUUUACCUGUCUUCAAGAGCAUGUAUAAACACUAGGGGUUAGGGAGAUUUACCUGUCUUCAAGAGCAUGUAUACAACACUAGGGGUUAGGGAGAUUUACCUGUCUUCAAGAGCAUGUAUACUACACAGGGGCCCAGGGAGGUUUACCUGUCUUCAAGAGCAUGUAUACAACACAAUGGGUUAGGGAGAUUUACCUGUCUUCAAGUGCAUGUAUACUACACAGGGGCCCAGGGAGGUUUACCUGUCUUCAAGAGCAUGUAUACAACACAAGGGGUUAGGGAGGUUUACCUGUCUUCAAGAGCAUGUAUACAACACAAGGGGUUAGGGAGAUUUACCUGUCUUCAAGAGCAUGUAUACUACACAGGGGCCCAGGGAGGUUUACCUGUCUUCAAGAGCAUGUAUACAAUUCUGGGGGCCUGGGAGGUUUUCUCCGAGGCCACCACACAUCAAGAUUAUUAUCAUUUGUCACUAAAAUGUUGGUGGACAACCAAAAUUACGUUGAGAAGACUUUGGUGACAAGGAAAACGAGUUUUGUUACAUCUAAAUUAAGUGUGCUCAAUUUGUAUUCUAUUGAUGUUGGCGUGAAAGUCAUUGUACUGUCAAUAUUAUUUUACAGUCAGUUCAAAUACUAAAUGAACUACUUGCACUAAAUUUCAGUACGUAAUGAAGUUGAUGCUUUGUCUGCCUAUUGCCCAUGUUGUUGAGACAAGGAUUUGCAAUAUUUAGUAAAGAUUGGACUCCAAUUAUUAUGCCAAAUUUCAUCUCAAAUAAUAGGUUUAGGUUUCUGGACACAAGAAUGAUACAUCCAUGUAAGGAAUAUGGCACCAUAUCAGCCACGAAGAACUACAUCAAUAGCCUGACAUUGUAGACAUCCGGUUUUCGAUCAUCCUUUCUUGACCGCUAUUGGUGUUACAAAUCUUCUCAUGUCUCUUCGUGCACCUUCUCACAGUCUCUUUGUGCACCAGAUUUUUGUUAGUUUCCACACAUUUUUUAACAAAUGCUCAUACUCACAAUGUUUGGAAUUUUAGAUUGAUUGAUGUCAAAAUGUAGGAAACAGCCCUGACAUGAAUGAGCUUUAAAAGUUACAUGUGGAUAAAUUUUGCUGCCAACUGAACCGCAGAGCAAAAGUAUUAAAGGACUGAUAUUUGUUUUAUUAUGCAGUGAAUAAUUUUUUUAUGAAUAUAUUGGAAAAUCUUCAUGUUUUUAUUUCAUUAAGAUAUUUUCUGUAGAUAGUCUGGUUUACGAUCACCCAAGACCCCUUGAGUUGAAGGUCUUCUCACAUCUUCCGUGCAGAUGUUUUGGUUGUCCACCACAUUUUUUGAAGAAAUGGUCACACCAUUGAUAUAUCCUUUUACAUAAUUUGAUGUCAGGAUGACCCCGAAACAGGGCCCUGGCUCCAAGGGUAUACAUGUAAUAUAAGGAAGAUAUUUAUGUUCAGGUGUGGGCCUGGUGGGGAUUGAAUACUUGGUGUUUAUCGGCUUUUUGUACCUCGUUAACCUUAAUAAUAGGUGAAAAUAGACAAUAUUUACUAAUUACAACUAUUUGGGUCCAGGGUUUUAUGAAUAUACCAUAUCAAGUAUAUUGGAAUCCACAUCAUAUCUAUAUCUACCUGUAACAGUAAUGGUGUACUGUUUGUAUUUGGGUGAAUGGCAGAGGGUACUUGUGUGUUCACAUGCUACAUUAACUCGUAUAUGGACAGCAGUGUUAGAAAACACCGUAAACAAAACCAUUCUGACAAACUUGUUUCUGGUAACUACAAGUGUGGCCAUUUAUUCUUAAAGGAACUAAUAAGUUAUCGACAAGAUUGCUAACUAUAUAAGAAAAGUUGUAAUUAAUUGAUAGGGUUGAUAUUUUCUGUUUGUGAGUGAGUUGGGUGUAGUGCUGCUUGAACUGUAUGAAGUAUUUCAAGGCAUGUCAGUUUGAUGUUGACAUCAACAAUUACCUCCACGGCAAAACCAAUGAUUGUCAUUGUGACAAUUCUGGGAUUGAAGCCAUGACCAGCAGGUUCUAGCAGCAGACACAACUCCACACAGUGUUGCAUUUUUCUGAACCACCAGCCCAUCUGUGAGCUGGCUGCUGUGAGAUGCAACCCUUUCAAUGAUGUGAUGGCACAUGCAUGGCUUGUUCAGCCGUCGGGCAAGUUGGUCACAUGGCCCCUCCUCCUGGACCUGCACACUCCAAUGUUGCGCCAUCGUGCCUGCAGCAGCAGGAGGUAGACCAGAAUCAUUGUUUAACAUUUAACAUGUUUAUCAAAGUGCCUAUAUCAUGUUGGAGUAGAAAGUGUUUCAACCUUUUCAGAAAGUGUUAGUGUUUCCUAGCUUACGAGCAUCAGAGCUCAUUACAUUGUACAUACAAUAUGCACCAGUAUUAUAGCAUAGGAACUGGGUUUUUUAUUUGUUUCAGAAAUAUAGUAGAUCAUUGUUAAUCUCAAGACUAUGAUUGAAUGUAAGAAGUAUUUGAAUAUCUUGUAAAACUACAUUUUUUUCAACUUUCUGACGUGCAAUAUGAAGUGUGUUGCUAUGGUUACUGUGAUCUUGUAUAUAUAAAUAUAUAUAUAUCUAUGACAUUUACAUCAAAUGAUUACCAGGAAGUUAACCAUAUAUUUUUAUACCAGAGAAGCUAUUUUUCCUGGCUCAUGACUUUAAAUGGUUACACAUUUAACUGUUGUUCCUGUUGAAUCUUCCAUAAGAAUACUUUGAAACUCUUGUGUUUGCUCAAAUCUCUGUUGUAUCUGUGUCCUUCUUGAAACAAUGAUGUCCAAAUAAUCUCUAUUUUGGUAUCUGUUUAAAUGUGUUCUAUGAAUUGAGUGUUUGCAUAUGAGAAAAUAACACCCCCAUAUGCAUCCAUACCAUUUAAUGCAUAUGUAGUUCAAGUUAGGUAUUAAAACUAGUCUGUUGAAUAAGAAUAACUUUGCACUUUGUUUUAUUUUUAGAUAGGGUUGGAGCUGUUUCAACAAGGCUCUCCUUGGUAAUUAUAAUGCUCCCCAGCUUGACCUCUGAGACUGAAUGUUUGACUUCAUCAUUCUAGUAUGCAUUUAAUGAAGUGCUAAUGAGCCCUCAAGACUCUGUGUCUCAAUACUCAGUGGAUGUAUACCAGGCUGAACUGGGUGUAAACUUCAACCCUCAUCUGUGAGGGGGGUGUCUCAUGGUGUAGUCAGCUCUGUUGUCUGCAGGUGUCUACUGUGGGAAGGGCACAGUUGGCUGCUGGGGAUGGUCACAUAACAUUGACAGCAUGCUUGGACAUAUGUACAGCUGUUAUCAGCUGUCAGCCUCACCAAAUUGAUUUGUUUUAUGUUUUUUCUUUGACAGAAUGCCAAGAAGCUGGUGGCUAAAAAAUAAAAAUAAAUGGUUUCAAAAAGAUGUUAAAACGCAUAUUUUUUAUCUGACACAACAUUUCAGACAAAAUUGUUUCUUUAUAACUUUUAUGACCAUUAUUGCCAUUCUUUUUCCAUAAAACAAACCAAAAAUCACUUUGUUUGGCUUUUGCACACAUGUUGUGUAUUGACCAUAAAAAUCUGAUAUUACAAUGGAGGUGAAUACACCAUGUCCAUGGGUUUCCAGGACGUAUGUUGCAUGCUGUAUCAUCAUCUGCAGUGACUUUCAAGGUAUGGCGUUGUUUGCCAUUCAUUCCAGCUUGGCGACACCAGCCAUUACUUUCUCCCUGACAUGAAGUAAAAGAAGCAUAUCAGUGGUGCUGUAGUUACAUUCUAGGAAUGCUUCAGUAGGUUGAGUGACCUCAUCACCAGAUGACUUACUGCAUCUGCUUGAUUUAUCUACUUGAUGAGUGAAGUGCAGUAUUUCUCCUAUUGAUCAUCAAACACUGUUGUUUUACCUGUUUUUAACACAAGUGUGCAACAACCAAUGAAAAUAUCAAGGGCAUUAGGAACUGAUAUCUUCUUGUCAGUGUCAAAAUGUCAUUUACGUAGGUUCAUAUUUGUAGUAUUGAAACGUUUAGUUUCACCAAUUCGUGCAGUAUUUGAAUUGUUCAUGAAGGCUAUACUGGUGGAGACAUUUGUCUCAGAAUUGAUAUCAAAGAUAAGAAAAGGAAAAAUUAAUGAUACUGUACAUGUUUCUAAAUAAGUGAUCAUGUUCCUGCAUAAUGAAGUUCCUUCCUGAGAUGAAUGAAAUUCUGGUGGUGUGGGCCACAAGAGUGAGUGAGGGGGUUGGGUUUACACCGCUUUGAACAGUGUUCAUUUACAUCAUGUCGGCUUAAUGUGUGAGGAAAGCCUGAAGUGAUGCAGGUCUCAGAUGUUUACCACUUUGGUGAAACACACGGGUAUGAUGCUGACAAACCUAGAAACAUAAUCGGGGUGAACCGCAAUUCAAACCCUCGAUCAUAAGUUUCUGGUGUGUCCAAGGGAUGCAACUCUACAUAGGGAAUUGGCUUUCCCUCAGCUGUUAUGCCACAAGAAAAGGAUAGUAACAGUAAAUUCAGGGUUAAACAGAAAGCAUAUUAAGGGAUUUGGUAAUAAAUGUUUGUCUAUUUGUAAUACAGUAAAAUGACAUUAUCAAGUCACAUCUAUUUCAAAUGAAAGUGUUAUGUACUCACUGUACUCACAGUUUUCAUGUACACCUUUUUGCUUCAUGUGUUCAUUUCAUGCUACUACACCUACUCUGUGUGUAUGAGUUACAUAGGAUAUAUGUAUAUAUUCAUAUGUAUGCUGGGUAGUUUUCUCUUGGUGAUUCCUAAAAUCCUUUUGAUGCUCAAACUUACAAUAAAUUAUUUAUAAACA